AUGGCAUGCAAUGGUGUGCAUUGGUUAUGCAUUACCCAGGCCACCUCUGAAGGCCACCUCCAGGAUGUCCUGCUUGAGUGUGCGCUCAUCCGCAAAGCACCGGAGAGCACCGAGGGGGCACGGCAGGAAGAGGCCGGUGAAAGGGGCUGUGGGGAGGAGAUGCCUAUCCGCUUUGCUGAACGCAUUCGAUGGAUCGAGCAGGUUCAGGAGUGGAAGGACAUCCCGGAACUCGUUGAUUCCCACAUGAAGCACAAAGCUUCCUUUUCGUACAUACGCAAGGCUGAGCCACAAGACCCUGUGAAUUUCCAGAAGGCCGUGCAGAAGGUCCUCAAGCGACAAGAGAACAUGGUGGAGCUGAUGACCCUCGGCAUGCACAAGCUACGGAAACUCCGCAGAGCCGACAACUUUGACCACUUUACGAACAAGUUUCUGGACAAUUUUCUGUUGAACCGACUUGGUUGCAAUUUGCUACUCUCUCAUUACCUGGCCUGUGCACAUCCACAUCGCAAGAUGAUUGGUAUAAUUGAUCCUCAAUGUGAUGCUGUUGAGACCUGCAAGGCAGCUGGACAGGAAAUUCUGAGCGCUUGCCAAGACUUCUUGGGACGCAAGCCGGUGCUCCGGGUGGAAGGUUUUUCCCAAGAAGGUCACCAAGGGCCCGCACCCAGAUUUGCCUACAUUCCUGGCAUCUUAACGUUUAUCAUGCGGGAGUUGCUGAAGAACAGCUGCCGUGCCACACUGGACAUCACACCCAAUGAUCCUUGCCUAUCAUGGACGAGGGACUUGGGAGAUGCAGAUCUGGCAAGCCGCCCGAUCGAGGUGGUGGCCUGUGCAAAUGCAGCACACGUGAUGAUUCGAGUGAGUGAUCGAGCAGGAGGCAUCCCCAUUGAGGUUGGAAAUCGUGUGUGGUCUUACAUGUAUACCACCUCCUCUGGGAAGGCAUCUCCCCUGAGUGGCUAUGGCGUUGGGCUGCCACUCUCGCGGCUGCAUGCCCGGUACAUGGGAGGUACCUUAGAACUGAUCUCCUUGCCUGGCUAUGGCCGCUUGGAGCUCCGGGUAACGAAGCAAACCAGGUGA